AUGGCCCAUCUUUUAUAAAGGCUUCAAGCAGCCAGCCCCAGACACAGUCCAGCGCCUGCAGCUCCUGACCCAAACAGGCCCCAUCGACCAGACCAAAGCCCCAUGAAGCUUCCCAAUCUGUUGCUAUUCUGGCUGAGUGCACUCUGGCCUCAGCUCCUGGCCAUCCCCCUGAGUUCCUCCAACUACCUGCCCCAGAGCUUCCUUCCCCAAAUCCAGGAGCAAGUGAGGAAGAUCCAGAAUGACAUCGAAGAGCUGCAGCAGAGACUGUGUGCUGACUACAGCCUAUGCCAUCCAGAGGAGCUGAUUUUGGUUGGCCAGUAUCUGGGCAUCCCCAAGCCACUUCUGAAAAACUGUUACAGUCAGGACUUGAGCCUGGUAGCCUGCCUGAAUCAGCUGCACUAUGGACUCCAGUUCUACCAGGGCCUUGUGAAAGCAUUGGAGGGCAUCUCCCCUGAAUUGGCUCCGACUCUGAACAUCCUGCAGCUCGAUGUUGGUGAUUUUGCUGCCAACAUCUGGCAACAGAUGGAAGAUCUUCAAGUGGCUCCUGAGAUCAUGCCCACCCAGGGCACCCUGCCCACCUUCAGUUCCUCCUUCCAGCGUCGAGCAGGGGCCGUCCUCAUCUUUGACUACAUGCAGGGUUUCCUGGACAUGGCAUACCGGGACCUGCGCCACCUUUCCCAGUCCUAAGUUAACCCCAUAUUUAUCCCCUAUUUAAUAUUUAUGUAUUUAAACUUAGCAAUAUAUUUAAAGGGUGGAAGGGACUGGAGUCCUCCCCCUCAAUUCCAUUCUAGGUCACAGUCAGUCUUCCUGCUCAUAGCAGGAGAAAGUCUUGACCAGCCAUCCUGGGGGCUGGAAGAUAAAUAGGUAAAUACCAAGUAUUGCCAUAAAAUGACCGAUCUCCAGGUGGGAGAUGCUUCGUUGUUUAAUAUUUAAACAGCAAUGUUCCCUAGGUAAAUACUGGUACCCACUCUCCUGGCCUAGCCACGGCUGGGUUGGAGGCAGAGUCUAAAUCACCAGUGUUGCCCGGGUCAAUCCAACUCUUCUUUGGUUUUUCCUUUGCCUCAUGGGAAAAGCCCUUUGCAGAACAAAGGAAGCUUUGGCUGGGAGGUGCUAAGAAUGUAAGCUCCUUGAGUGCAGGCACUAUUUUUCAUUUUUGUGUUUGCAUCCCC